CUCGAGUAGACGGCGUGAAUGCUCUCGUCGGACAGGCAACCUUAAAAUCGGUUUAAGAUUUCAAAUAAAACCGUGGACCAUCGCUGCGAUUAUUUCUAAGCAAACGCGGAUAACUACACACGGAUCUGUAAUUGACUUUAAAAGCAUUAUAAACCCGACAAUUUACGGCGCAACGAAUGUAAACAAACGAUCGAAUAACUCGGUAAAGAUCUCUGUGAGCGUGAUGUGUGUGUAAUCCGCAUAGUUAUCAUUACCCAACAGAUGUUAAUGUGAUUUUUUCGGAAUAAUAACCAAUUUUCAAACCUGCAGUUCGGCCUUCGCGAAAGUGAGAUAUAUACUCGGGGAAAAGUGAGAGAAACAAAGUGAGUUAAAAUGCAGAAUUCGCCGGCAGCCUGUGCCUGGUAUCUGCCCUGGUCCCUGGCCGCCCAGCAGCAGCACCAGCAGAAGAUGCUCCAGAUGCAGUCACCGUUCCUGGACAAGUUGGGCGCCGGCGCCGGUGGCAUCUUUGCCGCCCAGCCCCAGAUGCAUCAGCAGCUGCAUCAGCAACAGCAACAGCAGCAGCAGCAGCAACUAUCGCCGAACACAGCCGCCGCUCCACCGGCCAACUAUCAGCAGCCGGCCUUGCAUCCCAGUGCCGCUCCCGGAGCCCACUUCCCGUACAACCUGGCACCGCAGCUGCAUCAGGCCACUGGCUACGCGGCUCAGCUAAAUCCUGCCCAGAAUCCCCUUGCCCAGAUGCACUCUGCCAUGUUCUCCUCGCUGCCGCUGGGAGCCUACUAUGCCCCAGCAGCAGCAGCAGCAGCGGCGGCUGCAGCAGCCGGCGGAGGACACUCACCUUUCGGUGGUGUUCCACUGACACAGGCCGCCCAACAGUCACUGCUGGCAGCGGCCACUGGCGUAGGCGGAGGAGGUGCACCUGGUCUGGGCCAGCCGCAGCAAGCGCCGGCACCAACGCAGAUGCCUGUCCAGGUGCCCGUUCAGAUGACUCCGCGGGCAGCGCCGCCGUCUUCCUGCACCAUGCAACUCCAGCAACUCAACUGCCUGCCCCAUCAUCCCCAGGAGCUGAAUCACCUGUCGUCCAUAAAUCUCGGCCUGACCGGCGUCGUCGGACUGCGGAAUCAGGCAGCUGCGGCAGCUGCCGUGGCGGCGGCAUCGUCGCUCCAAGCUAUCCAGGUCUUGCCAAGUGCCGAGCUACCGCCGCUGAAUAAAAAGACUAUAUCUCCAAGGGACUCUGAAAACGCAAAAGUUAAGAUACCAGAAAAGCGGAAAACAGAUGAUAAUGAUCAAAUCAAGGAGUUAAAAAAGGCUAAGCUCGAGACAAAAGCAUUGAAGGCUAAAAGACCCGGAUUUACGGAUGAGAGAUAUCAAGAAACCUCCUACUAUAUGGAAAAUGGUCUUCGAAAGGUCUAUCCUUACUACUUCACAUUCACAACCUUUACGAAGGGCCGUUGGGUGGGCGAGAAGAUAUUGGAUAUCUUUGCGAGGGAGUUCCGGGCACAUCCUGCCGAGGAAUAUGAACGAUGCAUCCAAACUGGCACUUUGACAGUCAACUUUGAGAAGGUUCCGAUUGAUUAUCGGCUGAAGCAUAAUGAUUUGCUGGCCAAUAUAGUUCACAGACACGAGGUGCCCGUGACUUGUCAACCAAUUAAAAUUGUGCAUAUGGAUGAGGACAUUGUAGUUGUAAAUAAGCCAGCAUCGAUACCUGUACAUCCCUGCGGACGCUACAGGCACAACACUGUGGUCUUCAUUCUCGCCAAGGAGUUCAAUCUCAAGAAUCUACGCACAAUCCAUCGACUGGAUCGGUUGACCUCUGGCCUUCUCCUCUUCGGGCGCAGUCCCAAGAAGGCACGACAAAUGGAGCAGCAGAUACGCAAUCGUCAGGUGGAAAAGGAGUAUAUCUGCCGGGUCGAGGGAGUUUUUCCCGACGGCAUUGUGGAGUGCAAGGAGCCCAUUGAAGUGGUUAGCUACAAGAUAGGAGUGUGCAAAGUAUCCCCAAAAGGUAAAGAUUGCACAACCACCUUCCAGAAACUGUCGCAGAACGGCACCACCAGUGUGGUGCUCUGUAAGCCACUCACUGGACGAAUGCAUCAGAUAAGGGUACACUUGCAGUACUUGGGUUAUCCCAUUCUGAACGAUCCCCUGUACAAUCACGAAGUCUUUGGUCCUUUAAAGGGUCGCUCUGGAGAUAUUGGUGGCAAGACAGACGAUGAACUUAUAAGAGAUCUCAUAAAUAUACACAACGCUGAGAACUGGCUGGGCAUAGAUUGUGAUUCCGAUAUAUCCAUGUUUAAGAACUCCAAGGACGAGACCGAUGGCGAAAGUCUCAGCAGUGAGCACACUUCCGUUGUUCACCAUAGCGACGAUGAUGCGGGUAUAAAUUCCCGGGAAACCACACCUCCUUGCCUUGACGCCCAGCAACCGCAGCCUCAGCCUGAUCUGGGUGUGAAAACCCCAGAAAUCACAAAUCCAGUAAAGGAAUAUCCCAUUGCCGCAGAGAAGUCUUCCACAGAGAUAAUGCCGCCAGCUCUGCAGAGUUCGAGUUCAAUGGAAUCUGUAGUUAGUGCCACAGGAGGAGGAAUUAAGCUGAACAAGAUCACCAUUGAUGAACAUUGCUACGAGUGCAAAGUGCACUACAGAGAUCCCAAAUCGAAGGAUCUUAUUAUGUAUUUGCACGCUUGGAAGUACAAGGGACCCGGCUGGGAGUACGAAACCGAGCUGCCCAACUGGGCCUGCACGGAUUGGGACCACUUGGACUCGACAUGAGGACACCAUACUAUUACUUAACAUAUAUAUUAGAAAAACAGACCAAAAUCGACAACAAUAUCUAUAAAUACAUAUAUCAUAAUUAAAAGAUGUGCCUUUAAGAUUGGAUAGCAUGAUGCAAGCGCUUCAGUUUAAUGCAUUAUACAAAUAAUAUUUAUGUACACAAGGUCGUAGUAUAAAUCCUAUAGAAAAGAGUUCACACAAUCAAUUCACAAAAAAAAAACAAAAAUAUAUACAAUAUAGGCUAAUUACAAGAGCUGAAAAGACGUGCAAAUAAAUUCGAAGCUUUUAUUACAAAAUAAUAGGUAUAUUUAUAUGUAUACACAAGACAAGCACUUAUCCGAACUAAUCAGAUAUGUGAAAGGCAAUAUAUAAUGUUAUAUCUAUAAUCGGGAUAGACAACUUUUAGAGAAAUUAGUUUAUAUAAAUGUACGAGUGUGUAAAGCAGGAUUAUAUUCGCAAAC